ACAGCGGAGAAGGGGGCGGAGAAGAAGAAGACUGCCGUGAUACGGGUUUAGUGUUGAACUGUCGCCUUUCUGCUUCAGUCCGCGGACGGUCAUCGCAGCCGGGGGAGCAAACAGGCGGUCAACUGUUUGUUUUGAUCGUCUAUAACGAGGUUUUCUCUGCAAAAAACAGCAACGCACAGUAAAGCGCCACUGACGGGGUCACACCUGCCACGGAGCAUGGACAACAAAGACUGAUCCAGCACUGCGCUGCAGCAAACCGAGCCAGGCAGCCCACGACACCUUGAAAGAAAUUAAUUUAUUGUGUUUUAUUUAAGAGCCUGUGCUGCACACAAGAGGCUUUGUGCUGGCAGAGAAGGUUUUUGUGUGCGCGAAAUUUGGUGUUGGACUUCCAUAUUGCAGGCCGAUCCGAUCCGUGCACUGGCGGGUUUAAUUAUAGCAGCACUUACAUGCUCGUCUUAGUUUCUCUCGGAUAUCCAAUAGUGAACGAUAUUUGAAAGGUCGAGGAGGAGAAUAUCAGGCUUUUAUCUGUGUUUUAAUAAUUCAAUAAUCCCUGCUGGAGACGCAUCCCGGCCGGAGCCAGUUAAGUGGGCGCCGUCAGCAAUCCCCUGUGUUCAAUGUUCCCUUAAAAACAGAAGAAUCAUGUGGGUCAGUCCCGAAGAUGUUUUACUGGCUGGCGCAUUAUGGAUCACCGAAAGAGCAAAUCCAUAUUUCAUCCUCCAAAAACGGAAGGGCCACGGCGAUGGAGGCGGGGGACUGGCGGGUUUGCUGGUUGGGACCCUGGAUGUCGUCUUGGACUCCAGUGCUCGGAUGGCCCCAUAUAGGAUCCUGUACCAGACUCCCGACUCUUUAGUUUACUGGAUCAUUGCUCAUGGAACCUCCCGUAAGGAGAUUACAGAGCACUGGGAGUGGCUGGAACAUAACCUGCUGCAGACUCUCUCCAUCUUUGAGAAUGAGAAUGACAUUACCACCUUUGUCAAAGGAAAAGUCCAGGGCAUCAUUGCGGAGUACAACAAGAACCACGACGUCAAAGAGGACGAUGACACGGAUAAGUUCAAGGAGGCCAGCUUCAAGUUUCGUAAGCUGUUUGGAAUGCCGGAGGAGGAGAAGCUGGUUAACUAUUACUCCUGCAGCUACUGGAAGGGCAAGGUGCCACGGCAGGGAUGGCUCUACCUCAGCAUCAACCACAUCUGCUUCUACUCCUACUUACUCGGAAAAGAAGUCAAACUGGUGGUGCGUUGGGCAGAUAUCACCCAGCUGGAGAAGAGCGCCACCCUCCUCCUGCCCGACGCAGUCAAGGUGAGCACCCGCGUGAAAGAGCACGUCUUCUCCGUCUUCCUCAACAUCAACGAGACCUUUAAGCUGGCGGAGCAGCUGGCCAACAUCGCCAUGCGUCAACUCCUGGACAACAAAGGCUUCGAGCAGGACCGCUCGCUGCCCAAGCUCAAGAAGAAGUCGCCCAAGAAGGCGUCGGCACUCAAGAGGGAUUUGGAUGCGAGAGCUAAGAGCGAGCGUUACCGGGCGCUCUUCCGUCUACCGAAAGAUGAAAAACUGGACGGACACACAGACUGCACCCUGUGGACCCCCUUUAACAAGAUGCACAUCCUGGGACAGAUGUUUGUUUCCACCAACUACAUCUGCUUCACCAGCAAGGAAGAGACUCUGUGCAGCCUCAUUAUCCCGCUACGAGAGGUGACUAUUGUGGAGAAGGCAGACAGCUCCAAUGUGCUGCCCAGCCCGCUCUCCAUCAGUACCAAGAAUCGUAUGACAUUCCUGUUUGCUAAUCUGAAGGACCGAGACUUCCUGGUCCAGAGGAUUUCUGACUUCCUGCAGCAGACCACCUCUAAGAUCUAUCUGGAGAGAGAGCUUACUGCCAGCCUUAACAGCUCAGACGAUGAGGUUUACUCCCAGCCUGGAUCUCUGCUCUCCAGCAGCCCACAGCACAGUUUGAGCUCAGAAGGCGAGCGUACGUUCAACUUGAACGACAGCAGCGUUCCCACAGCCACACAAGCCCUCAUGACCAUGUACCGCCGCCGCUCUCCUGAGGAGUUCAAUCCCAAGCUGGCGAAAGAGUUCCUGAAGGAGCAGGCCUGGAAGAACCACUUUACAGAGUAUGGACAGGGAGUGUGUAUGUACCGCACCGAGAAGACGAAAGAGCUGGUCCUGAAGGGGAUUCCUGAGAGCAUGCGAGGUGAUCUCUGGCUGCUCUUCUCUGGGGCGAUCAACGAGAUGGCCACUCACCCCGGAUACUACGAAGACCUGGUGGAGAAGUCGUUGGGCAAAUACAACCUGGCCACAGAGGAGAUAGAGCGGGACCUGCACCGCUCUCUCCCCGAGCACCCAGCCUUCCAGAAUGAGAUGGGCAUCGCUGCCCUCCGCAGGGUCCUCACAGCCUACGCAUUUAGAAACCCCAGCAUUGGAUACUGUCAGGCUAUGAAUAUUGUGACAUCUGUGUUGCUGCUCUACGCCAAAGAAGAGGAGGCUUUUUGGCUGCUUGUGGCGCUCUGUGAGAGGAUGCUGCCUGACUACUACAACACUAGGGUUGUCGGAGCCCUAGUCGAUCAGGGGGUGUUUGAGGAGCUCGCCCGUGAGUACGUUCCUCAGCUGUACGACUGCAUGCAGGACCUCGGGGUCAUCUCCACUAUCUCCCUCUCCUGGUUCCUCACCCUCUUCCUGUCCGUCAUGCCGUUCGAGAGCGCAGUUGUGGUGGUGGACUGCUUCUUCUACGAUGGCAUCAAGGUCAUCUUUCAGCUGGCGCUCUCGGUGCUGCACGCCAACAUCCACCAGCUGCUGGGCUGCAAGGAUGACGGAGAGGCCAUGACUGUACUGGGCAGAUACUUGGACAGUGUCACCAAUAAGGACAGCACCCUCCCUCCCAUCCCCCACCUGCACUCAUUACUGACAGACAAUGGAGAACCGCAUCCAGAGGUCGACAUCUUUAAACUAGUCCGCAGCUCCUAUGAGAAUUUUGGUUCAAUCCGUGCAGAUGUAAUUGAACAGAUGCGAUUCAAACAGAGACUGAGAGUCAUCCAAACCAUUGAAGAUACAACAAAACGCAACGUGGUGAGGACUAUUGUAACAGAGACUGCCUUUAGCAUGGACGAGCUGGAGGAGCUCUAUAUGCUGUUCAAGGCAGAGCACCUGACCAGCUGUUACUGGGGCGGCAGCAGCAACUCCACUGAGGGGCAUGACCCCAGCCUGCCCUACCUGGAGCAGUACCGCAUCGACGUGGAGCAGUUCAAGGGCCUGUUCAACCUGCUGUUCUCCUGGGCCAACGGUGCCCACUCGGACCCUCUGGCUUUGCGCUUCUUCCGUCUCCUUGACCAAAACGGAGAUGCUCUCGUCAAUUUUCGGGAGUUCAUCAGUGGCCUUGGUGUCCUGUGUCACGGGGACCUCACUGAGAAGCUGAAGCUCCUCUACAAGAUGCAUGUCAUACCUGAAAUCAUUCACGAACCUGAAGAGCCUGACUCUGCCUUUGAGGCCACACAGUACUUCUUUGAAGACAUCACUCCAGAAACGUCCAUCGGUCACGACUCAAAGUGCAGAAGUGAGCGGGAUGAUGGCUUUGUCAGAGUUACAUUUAAGACUGAAAAAGUGAAAAAACUGAACACUCCUGAAUAUCGCCAUUACUUGAAACUGUGGAACCAGGAGACGAAAACUAAACUAGAAAACACAAAAGACUUCCCCAAGCUGAAUCAGAGCCAGUUUAUUGAGCUUUGCAAGACCCUCUACAGCAUGUUCAGUGAGGACAUUGCAGAACAGGAGCUCUAUCACGCCACGGCGACAGUCACCAGUCUGCUGCUGGAAAUGGGAGAGGUGGGAAAGCUCUUCUCCUCCUCUGGCCGGAAGGACCACAACAUGGAGGGUAAAUCAGGGCCGAGCAUGUGUACCAGAGAAGCCACAGACCCCAAAACCAGCCAGGAGGCUGUGCUCGAUGGUCGCGCUGACUGCUUUGCCCCUGCAGGUCCGGAGAACAAGCCGAGCCCCUGUGAGGACGGGAAGGGGGACAGGAAGGGGGACGGGAAGGGGGACGGGAAGGGGGACGGGAAGGGGGACAGGAAGGGGGACAGGAAGUGGGACGGAAGGAGCGAGCAGCUGCCACCUAUGCAAGACAUCAAGCUGGAGGACUCCUCUCCCAAAGACACGGGCACAUCAUCCGCCAUGCUGAUCUCGGAUGAUGAAACCAAAGAUGACACUUCAAUGUCAUCUUACUCGGUGCUCAGCGCAGGCUCCCAUGAGCUGGAUGAGAAGAUGCAGUGCGAGGACAUAGCAGACGACACAGUGCUGGUGCGCAGCGACAACGGCUCCAGUGGCGAAAGAAGAAGCAGCCGGCCUCGCGGCGGCGGCCCCCCCGACCGAGGGCUGCCUCACAGCACGAGCAUCGAUAAAGACUGGACCAUCACGUUCGAGCAGUUCCUGGCGUCUGUGCUCACCGAGCAGGCCCUGGUGCAUUAUUUCGAGAAGCCAGUGGAGGUGGCGGCUCGAAUAACUAACGCCAAGAAUGUCCAUCAAGUCGGGCGCCGCCUUCUCUCAACGAGUGACUAUGAGAUCUCGCUAUCUGGCUGAGAUUUCACACGCAGACUUUUUAAAAAGGGAAACGUGGUUCUCAGUCGUUUGUGAAAAAUGUCUCUGUGAGUUUUAGAGGACAAUGAAGGUCUGUGAAUGUGUAUGAUAAAGAUGGUUGAAUGAAUGUGACCAAAAACUGCUGUUAGCGAUGUAUUUUACCAGAUGUGAAAGACUUUUAUUAAAACAAUCACUUGAUUCUGUCCAGCGCAGAGGGAAUAGGACGUUAAUGUUAAGGUUCGCCCAGAUGAAGUCGGUGUGCACGUGUCGUAGCUGUACUUUAAAAGACAUUAUGCAUAGAUGUUAAUAUUGUAAUCUUCAGCACUCUUAGGCUAUGUAGAUGUAAAUGUCCACAGAAACAGUACAGUUCUAAACUGGGGUAUUGAUAGUCUACGUACGAUCACCUUACAUUAUAUCCAGCCAAAUUAUCGCUUCCUUACUUUAUGAUUCCAUUUCCUGUCAAUCAGAAAACGUUUUUAAGUUUCCCUUCGAAUGACAAUAUGGACAAAUACAGACCAAAGCUGUGAAAAUUCAAUGAUGAAGUGAGUUUUCAUAUAUUGUGUAAACUCUCUCUGGCUCCACAUCUUUUUAAAGCAAUGUGCCACUUUGGCUAUUGAGUGGAACUAUUCCCUUUUACACACACGCACACACGCACACACACAAAAUAACAUUGUGAACAAUCACUCUUCAGAGUAAUAUACCCAAUAAUUGCCCGGGUGUGUUUUCUGCAGUUAUUUAUUGGUAAUACCAUUUUUUUGUGACUCACAACUGAUGGUUAAGGAAUUCAUGUGUUCUAAGAAAUGAUUAGACUAAACAUGCUGUUGAAUGAAAAGCCUGCACUUUCUUUCCAACAUGUGAUCCACUAAGAUGUUAUGGCCUUUUUUUCUUUGUCCACGUUUUAACCUUUUUUUGCUCUGUACAUUUUUACGUUGCUGUUUUCAAACUUGUUUUUACGUGUCCAGGUAUUUUUACUGUGGAUUCCACUGCAUUGUGUAUCACUCCAUCUAAUUAAAACUACGGUAUGAUUGAUUCGAUGCUG